AAGACCACGAAGAGUGACUCGAUUCUAUUGUUGCAUGAUUGCACAAGUUAGAGGCGUUCACACAGUACUGAACCGAAAUCUCAGAUCCAAGCAAGAUGUCUAAAGCCAUUUUCUUACUUCUUGUCGUGUAUCUCGCUGCUGUGAAGUCAUCAGCUAUCGUCGACUGGAACGAUGUCCCGGAUGAUGACGUAUCCUCUGACAAGCGGGCAGCAUGUCGUGACAGGAUGUCUAACUGUAAAAGCUUUUCACGACGUUAUUGCAGGGMAGCCUAUUUUUAUAGUAGAUGCCGUCGUACAUGUGGAAAGUGUAGAACAAAACYUCGACCAACCAUUCCUUCAUUGCGUCCCUGUACCAAACCAGAGAACCGUUUUUGUCCAUCAUGGGCGCAAAAGGGAUWCUGCAGAAAUGGCCACCGAUACAGAGUAUACAUGAGGCAAAACUGUCCUGCUGCUUGUCGCUUUUGUCGUGUCACUAAAAAACCAGGAAUCAAAAAACCUAUACCAAAAGGUGUUCAAGCAGUGUCUGUUAAYAUUCAACGAUGCCUUGAGGCCCAUAAYCGCUACCGAGCCCRMCAUGGYGCUSCUGCCCUGCGAUGGGAUAGAGAAUUAGCUGCUGGUGCGAAAAAAUACGCAAUACACCUGGCUACAAUAAAGAAAAUGGUCCAUGCCAGGGGUAAUUUUGGAGAAAACUUAGCAAUGCGAAAUUCGUGGGGUGGUAGCCAUUCUAAGUACACAUGCGCACAAGCUACAAAGGCCUGGUAUGAUGAAGUGAAAGAUUAUUCGUUUUCAAGUCAAGGCCGAAGAUAUUUUCGUGAAAACGUUGGAAGAAGACGUUACUGAUAAAAAAUCUUUACAUUACUUUGCAUUUUUAUCAGUUAGGACAUGAAUAAAGAUUAAUUGAGUAA